CGGCGACUCAUGUGAGGCGAAGGUGGAAGGUUUGAAAUCUGAAUGCGAUCUGUUCCUUCGUUUGGAAUGUGCCUGCCAUCAGGAGGAGCACCUGCUGUCCCAGAAAAGAAAGUCUACAACACGUGCACAAUCUAUAGAGAUAGGGAGUGGGCCCUUGAUUGGGUGGGGGGGCUACACGAGGCGGGAUGUGGGGCCGCUGUGUUUCUGAAGAACGCCUCGGGUGACGACUGGUUCUAUAUUGGAGAGAUUAUUAAAUCCGAGGAUGAGAGGGUGGACGGGCAUGGAUGGAAGUUCAGGAGGUUUUUCCUCACAACGGUGCUCGACGAACAAGGAGUGGACCAUGCGAAGGCCGACCGUAAAGUAAGCCUUGAUUACAAUCUGUUCAAGGGGUAUGGCGGUAAGGCUAUUACCAUGAAAGCCUUCGAUGUGUCCCCGAAAGAAGAUGAGAGUGUGUUGACGAUGCUUGGCCCCGUUAAAUUCCUCGCCAAAACGAACGGCUACAGGAGAUCCGGAAACAGUCCCACGGUUGAGGCUGACCAUCGUAUAUCCCCGACAUUCAUGCCUUUUGACACGCCGAACGAGGAUCUUCCCGGUAUAGCAAUGACAGAGAGACAGAGGACGCCACAUAGUUUUCCAACGCAGCAGACGUCAGCGAGUGGGGGCCGGCGCCGCAACAAACAGAGCCAGCCGCGUCGUCCACCUGGCGAGGAUGAGCAUGGUCCUCCUGUGGGUUCGUCUCGCCGGAUGGAGUGUGUUGGACCGUCUCAACCGUCUAGCCGGCAAGGCCAAGGCACCCUUGUCAUCACAUACAAAAGGAAGGCCCUGCCAACUCGUCCCUCUCCCAGUUGCCAGAAGGACGAAGGUGGUACGUCCAGGAAGGCAGCGCUGCGGGAGAUAAGCGAAGGAUCAGACGAGGAAACGAAGGACGAUUCUAGGGUGUGUGUUGAUCGACAUCCACAGGGUAAUCAUGCCAUCGACGAUGACAAAUGUGGUGUCGAUGAGGACGACGUCGAAGAGGAGAACAGCGAGAGGGAGAGAGAGAGAGAGGAUUAUGAGGAAACUAUGCACGACUGCGAGGGUGGGGAGUCUCAACAAUACUAUAAGGAGGACGACGGGGGCGAUGGAGAAAACGAUCAUGCCUAUCCUGUAGGUGAUGACGAUGGACGGCAAGAGCGGUCGGCUGAUGUGGGGGUCGACGACGCAACAAGAGAGCGGUCGGAGGCCAGUGUCCAGAAAAGGAAGCGACAAUCUUCAACAAAUCCAACGACGGCGGUGGAUAAACGCGCUGCAAAGAAACUCACUGUCGCUGCAUCUCGACAGGCGCUCAAAGCUUCUCAAGAGGCGGUCGCUGAAAGCGUAAAGAAACGAAAAGUGUCCGCGUCGACAAGAGCGACAAAAGCGGAGAAACGUCCAUCGACAAGAAAGCAGAUGGUGGAUGAGGGUGACUCUGGAGAGGAUGCCGAAGGGGUUCCUCCAAGAGAUAUGUCGAAGCACACACAACCUUCCGCCGACACCCGUGAUGAAGCCAUCAACACAACACGGUGCUUCUUCUUGGAGUUCGAUGACGAUGGGUUUGCAAAGAAGAAAAGGGAACACAUUGAAGUGAACGUCACGAAGAUUUUGCCAAUCCCUGAAGGUGACAUCCUCUUCAACCAUAGAACGUUGAACGAAACGUUGGUGCAGUCCAUAUAUGAUGCGAUCCAUCAUGCGGCCAAGGAAACCAACGGGAAGUGGGAUUUCAUGACUUUCAUCCUGACUCCCAUUGUGCCCAACACGGACGGGUCUCCAGGCAAACGGAUCACACCGGAGCAAUUCGACGUCGAACUGGCUCAUACAUACAACUGAUGCCCCGUUAACCUCUUGUGCCUGACGGACGAGAAAUGGACCGAGGAACGCGACCGCAUCCCUGACGACAAGGCGAGGAAGGUGCCCAGGCGUUUGGACGAUCCUAAUGAGAUUAAUGGUGAGAACGAUGUGGGACUGGAGGCAACCCAAGGCAUGUACAAGGAAACCCCGUUCCACCUCAAGUGUUUCAUCUACGAGGCAAUCGACUGUUUGGACGACCUGAGAGCGGAGGUUAAUCGGAUAUCCUCCAGUGCUUGUCACAUAUUUUGGGAAGUGGGAAAGAGGAUUACCACAAUCCUGCCAUUUGAAAUCGAACCGAAGGGAGUGCUCACCGACAACGAGGAGGUUGUUGGUACGGCGAGGGGGAUGAAGAUUCGGGCAACCAUUAUUGAUAUGUCAACAUCACCGAAAUGUGUUCCGUGGGAUGAUGACGCCUUUUCCAAACUGUACGCUUUCCUCAUGACAUGCUGUGGCGAAAACUGGGCCUUCAUCAUUUUCGCGCCGAUGAAACACCAGAAACAGGUGAUGAAGAGUGUGUACAACUGGGAUGAUGUUGAGGUGCUCACAGGGUCAUGGUACAGACACUAUACACCUUCGACAACCUUGAACAAGUACGACAACAUUGCAGUUCGGUGCACUGACAUGAUGGCUAUUGUCCUCCACGCCGAGAACGACAAUUUGAACAAUAUAACGGUUGCGCCGAAAUUGCGAGCCGAGUUGACAAAUUUGAACGUUGAAGAGGGUGAAUUUGAAGAGGGAGAAAAAGGGGCUUACUUUUUCAGUGACGCUCCACGGUCGGCGGUUGAUAACGAAUACAUCAUCAGGAAAAGUGAACUCGAGAUAGCAAUGAACGAGUACCACGGAUCGCACAUGGGUGCUUUCCACAUGUUCGUCGCACGUUGUGAGCAUCUGUAUUUCGAUAUGAAGAAAAGAGCACUGUCAUGCAGGGACUAUGCGGACUUGGCACGUAAAGCGGGGAACUCCAACAACAUCGAUUGUGACGAAGACACGUCAGACUCCGACAUGGACGUUCCGUCGCGUGCGAGACGACGUUCCGCGCAGGGAGCACGUGCCGAGGAGCCGCAAGGGAGCACCAACGCAGAAGCGGAGAAGGCGAGGUCGAGUUUGGGAGCGACACAUGCUAGUGAGGGAGAUAUGGAACAUAGACUGAAUGCAAGCGGAGAAAAGAAUGGUGUAUCGACGAACCCGGUGGGUGCGAGUGAGGGAAUUGUUAACUCAUGGGGCAACACAGGGGAAAGAGAGAAUGGGUGUGAAAUGACCCCGCUGACAGCUGGACCAUCAUCGACACAUGCACCGCAGGCCGAGCAGCGAACGCUCACGUUGAUGGACACAGAUGAAGAUGAAGGCAUGGAUAUGACAGCAGUCAUGCCGAAGCUCGUGCCAGGAAAACCGUUACCUCAAGGCUUUGCUCAAGACCCUUCAGUGCCAUACUUGCUGCAGGACAAGUACAAGGAGUCAUCGGAGGAGGACUGGGGUCAUCAUAUUCUCUGGCAUGAGGGCGUGUUCGAACCGACGACGGUGUGGUGUGCCGGAUGUAUCGUCGUGAGGUCGCUUGUAAAGACGACGAUGACUGAUACGUGGCUCUUGCCUGGCGGAGAUAGGCGCAAGAAUGCUGACACCUUGGCCAACACUCGCGCCACUCCGGACUUCCCAAGCUGGAACUCCGCCGCCUCGUGGAUAACAGCCGUACUGAAGAAGGCCGCGAAUCAGAGGAGAUCCGGACUCAACCGAGGAUGCCACACUUGCCGGAUUGCUGAGAAGGCUCCCCCAGGUAUCAUUAGUCGUUCGCUGAUCACCUGGUCUGUUGAAAAGCUCAUGGCGAUGGAGGCGGGGUCGAAGACGAUGGCUGAGAGAGAAAGGAGGAUUCUAGAGAGUCUCCGUCUUCGUCUUGUCCGAGGGACGAUGCAGGUGAAGGAGGAGAAGGGGAAGAGGGGAGAGGACGAAGAUACUCGAAACGGGUUGACCAUUCUUACACCAUUCAUGACACUCGAGUUUGACCAUAACAUAGAGGAGAGCAGGGAAGACGUAAAGAAGAAGGAAUAAGGAAGAAGGAUGAACACAGCAAGAAGACAACGAAAACCAAGAAACGAAGAUGAAAGGAGGAAGGAAAGAAAACAAAGAAGAAGCAGGAGGAGCAAGAGGAGGAGGAGGAUGAGGAGAUUCUGAAGACGAGGAAGAGAAAUAUAGAUCAUUACAUCCUCGCGGCGAACGUUUUCACAAUCAAACGAAAGCAACCUGCAUCAUUCCUAUCGAACAUAAACAACGUAGAAGUCAUACAUAGCUGAGCUCCGUGAGGCUUUGUCCUACUACUUCCUCUGAUUCCUCACAUACAGCGGCACUACAAAGUUACAAACACACUGUCAGGCCAAUGUCGUUAUCGUCAGUCAGAUGAAGCAUCCGUUAAAACCAUAACUCGCUACCAACUAAUACAGCCAAACUUUAAGUCCGUCUUUAUAUAUUAAACCCAUAACUCGCUCCCGAGUCCCAACUAAUACAGUCAAACUUUAAGUCAGUCUUUAUAGUCCACUGUCCAUCACAAGGUACUUCAAGAAAGAGAGAAGCGAAAAGCUCCAGUGGCCACAGACCACUGUCACGGCUCAGUUAGACUUGCAUUUCCCAUAUUAACUAACCGAGAAAGUACUCCGACAGAGUCUGACUACUUUUAGCAUUCUCCCUCCGAGAAGCACUUGUUGAUGCAUUCGCACACCGCAAAGCAGGAAUUACGGUUUGGUCGGCCGUGGUACACAAGCUCCGGGCGUCGUCUUGUCGAUGCACUGACAAUGAGCAACGCAGGCGUUGGAGUACGUGAUACCGUCACAUCCGCAGACUGGAGCAUACAAAGUAAGGCAGGCACCACAUUUCCACGGACACGCCUUGCACUUAGCCUCCACGCUUAUUCCACAGCAUAGCACCAUCACCAAGCAGCCGAGCAUCACCAACCCCGUUGCCCUUUUCAACGGGCUAUUCCCCUUCCCCGCCAUCCUCUCUCUCUCUCUCUCUCUCUCUCUCUCUCUCUCUCUCUCUCUCUCUCUCUCUCUCUGUGGUUCGUAGCGAACUCAGUCCCUCCUACGUGACGAUGGGAGAGAGACAGUUUCUAGCCGUCGCGACCGCUGGCGAUGGUGACAGUUGAAUAUAAUUGAGAAGCGAACUCAGUCCCUCCCACUGCCUUGAGCGUUCUGUGCCCUUUCG